AUGAGUCGUGGGUCUGUUCAUCUAUACGAGAGAGAACUUGAAAUCGCCACCUUGGCAGUGAGAAGAGCUUCUAUCCUUACUAAGCAAUUGAGUGACUCUAUUGCCCAACUACAAGCCAAUGGAACUCAAAUUAAAGAAGAUAAAUCACCUGUUACUGUUGGAGAUUAUGCUUCACAGGCCAUCAUCAACCAUGCCAUCAAAAAGAACUUCCCUCUGGAUGAAAUUGUGGGGGAAGAAGACUCAGCUGACUUACAAGGUACAUCACCUGAAGCUACUGGUUUAUCACAACGGAUCUUGGAAUUGAUCAAACAAAUACAACAAAAGACUCCUGAAUCAAGUAGUAAGAUUGGUGAAUUGGAUAAUUUGCCCGAUAUCUACAAGAGUAUUGAUUAUGGGAACUCCGAGGGUGGAUCGUCGGGUCGGUUCUGGGCUUUAGACCCCAUUGAUGGUACUAAGGGGUUCUUAAGAGGGGAUCAAUUUGCUGUUUGUCUUGCACUUAUAGUUGAUGGUCAAGUUGUAUUAGGAGUCAUUGGAUGUCCCAACUUACCGGAAGUAGUAACUUCUAACACUAAUGUUCUGGGACUGAAAGGUGGAUUAUUCUCUGCCAUUAAAGGAGUUGGAUCUUACUACACCUCACUCUUUGGACUGAAUGGAUUCAUACCUUUGCAGCAACAAGAACGGAUCAACAUGAAACAAAAUACCGACCCCACUCUUUUGAAGGUAGCUGAAGGUGUGGAAAAGGGUCAUCUGUCUCAUUCAACUCAAUCCCGGAUCAAGACUAAAUUAGGGUUUAACUCCGAAACGGUUUCCAAUCAAACAUUGAACUUGGACUCACAAGUGAAAUAUUGUAUUUUGGCCAAGGGUCAGGCGGAUAUCUACUUGCGGUUGCCUAUCAACGAUACUUAUAGAGAGAAGAUCUGGGAUCAUGCUGCAGGGAACAUUUUGAUUAGUGAAAGUGGUGGUCAAGUUGGUGAUAUUCAAGGUAACCCAUUGGAUUUUGGUCAGGGAAGAUUCUUGAAUAGUAAAGGGAUUAUUGCUGCCAAUAAGGCUAUCUUUAAUACGGUUAUUACUGCCGUUGAUGAUGUUCUUAAGAACUAA